UGGACGGUUACACAGCAGGUUGUGUGCGUGGAUGACAGCGGCUAGCAUCACAUUCACACUUCACCCGUGAAAACAACCCCCAUCAGCCAAGUUAACAGGAAACAACGGGUGCAUUUGGCUUGUAAAAGUCCUCAUAAGGGCGAAAAGGAUAAACCGCGUUUUGUUAGUACGGUGAGGAUGUCUGUCCCGGCAGGAGAGGGAUGAAGAUGACACCAAUGUUAUGGCGAGUUGUGUCAGUGUGGCUAUGUGUAGCUGUGGUCUGUUGGUACCCUAGUUGCUAUGUCGGUUGCACGGAGACGCAGCAGGAGGCUCAGAGGCCCGUGUCCUCACAGGACCUCAGUUCGGAGGAAGAAUCAGGGGAGGAGAUUCAUCAUCACAAGGUUGAGGAAAGCUUGAUAUUCCCUGCCCAGUCCCUGUCUGACAAUGAGAAGUGGAUGGAGGAUGAUCGGCAAAAAGAGGAUGAGACGGUGCAAGAGGUGGACGAAAAACAAUAUUUAGAGGCCUUUGGAGAGGAGGAGCUCACUGCAGACGAAGAAUGGAAGCACGAAAAAGAGAUUUCACUACCGGAGACAGAACCUGAGCAAAUCUCAGAAAAUCCACCCCCUGAAACCUCCGCCACUCAAGACCAGGACUCAGCCCCCCCGCUGGCUCCCUCGGACCCUGGCUCUGAUAUUACUGCUGAGCCCGAAGAUAACUCCAACUUCCUUAACCUUCAAGAAAGCACCCCAGACAGUGUUUCAGAUGAUGCAGCUGAAGUAGCUGACGUAGCUGCACCUGAGGUCGUUGAUUCGGACCCGCCUCCAGCUGACUGUGAAGAACUAGAGGACGAAAAAGAGGGAGAAGGAGAAGAGGACAAUCCAUAUGACAAUGAAAGCAGUCCUCCAAUUGUUCUGGAGAACACUUCCAAUGUUCACACUGCAGGUACUAAUACCCAAACUGACCAAGCUCUGAGUCCUCCUGCUGCUCACGGCACAGAGCAUCUGGAGACCAACACGUCGCACGAGCUGGAAGAGCAGGAUCCCAGCCCCCCUACCAUCACAGGCACAGAUAGCAGCGCGAGCAGCAAAGACCCCGAGGACAUCCCCACCUUUGAUGAGUGGUCGCGCAAGAUGAUGGAGAUGGAGAAUGGAAAGACUCGGUCUACUCAUACUUCUAACAACGGGGCUCCUCCUGUGGUGAAGAAAGUCCAGAAGAACUUCAAUAACUACGCCUCAGUGGAGUGUGGAGCUAAGAUCCUUGGUUCUAACCCAGAAGCAAAGAGCACUUCGGCCAUAUUGAAGGAGAACAUGGACAUGUACAUGUUAAACCCCUGCAGUAAUAAAAUCUGGUUCAUCAUCGAGCUCUGUGAGCCCAUCCAGGUGAAGCAGCUGGACAUCGCUAACUUUGAGCUGUUCUCCUCCACUCCCAAAGACUUCCUUGUCUCCAUCAGUGACAGAUAUCCAACAAACAAGUGGCUGAAGCUGGGAACCUUCCACGCCCGGGAUGAACGCACAGUCCAGAGCUUCCCUUUGGACGAGCAUCUGUAUGCUAAAUAUGUGAAGAUGUUCACCAAGUACAUAAAGGUCGAGCUGGUCUCUCACUUUGGCUCUGAACAUUUCUGUCCCCUCAGUCUCAUAAGAGUGUUUGGCACAAGCAUGGUGGAAGAGUACGAGGAGAUAGCCGACCCCGCAGAGAGACCCGAUGACCAGGAUGAUGAUUUGGAUGAUCCUGCUGGACACACGCCUGGAGAAGUCGAGUUAUCCAACAAUCUGAUUGGAUCAGCAAAGGAUGUCAUUUUAAACAUGGUAAAUAAUAUUGCUGUCAAUGUUCUCGGCGGAGGCCAAGAGAUGCAAGGCAACAUUUCAUCUCUGGAAGUGAACACGACCGAGCCAUCACCUAUACUUGAAACCACCUCCCAAACUACAGACCUCACUAUAGUUCCUCAAUCUGAAGUGGAAGAUAUCUUACCAGACCCUGAUAGCCCUGCCACUGAAGCCCCAUCUUCAGAGACACCCACUGCUGAAACAAUCGAACAAGAGCUCCCCCCAGUGGAGGAAAGUAUCAUCGUUCCCUUAGAGAAAAAUGCGGAGGAACACAUCAGCUCUACCAUCACCCUUCUGGAUAAGGAGGAGGAGCCCGAUGAAGAAAAAGAGAAAAAGGAUGAACGACAGCAAGAGAUCCAGAUCUACUGUUCACUGCUUUCUUCUUGCUCUUGCGCUGCUUCCCUGCAGGAGUAUCUCCACCAGCAGUGUGCCGUCCUGCUGUCCAGGAAAAGGAAAUGCCAAACGGUGAACAGAAAGCAAGUGUUUCCUCCCAUCCAAACACCUUCCUGGCAACUUCCUUUAUCCCCCUCUGCCUCCCCUGAACCUCACAUUGAGGAACAUCAGCCCCAUGAAGAAGAACAAGCGUCUGAACAGGAGCCAGAGAGCGGCGCAGAAACACCAGGCACCGACGAAGAAUCUCACAAAGAGUCUAUGUCGGAACCUCCUCUGCUGGAGCCCAGUCAAACCUCCAUCCUCCCUACUGUCGCUGAUUCAUCCCCUGCCAAACCAACUCCCAUUGUGGAGACACCACAGAUGUCUUCUGAGGAGCCAGAGAAGAGCCAGGAUGUGCUGGAUGAAGAGAAAAUAGAGCCUUCAGAUUCUCUCACUAGCUCCAUCUUUGUAAAACCAAGCAUGGACGAUGCCUCUGUGGCACCAACAGAAGAAAAGUCUGACGUUGAGGCAUCCAAAACGGAGAUAAAAGCCCCUAUCGAAACCCAAGAUACGACGGAUGAAUCCCAAGUUCUUCAACCCAUCCCCUCCCCUCAUUUAGACCCUGACCCCCCCAUAGUACCUGAAGGUGGUGACAUUGAAGCUCAAGACUCUGUUAUCGAACUAGAUGGUGGUCACAUAGUCGUCACAGAAACAAAACUAGAGGAUUUUGCGGAGGAUUUCUCGUCAUCAUCAGGUGGAAAGCCGGCCGCCUCGGACAUCUACGCAGAGACCCCCAACGGCACGGAGCCGAACGGGAACCCUGUGCACGGAUCCAGCCAGAAGGAGUCUGUGUUCAUGAGGCUCAACAACCGCAUCAAGGCUCUGGAGAUGAACAUGUCGCUCAGCGGGCGCUACCUGGAGCAGCUCAGCCAGAGGUACCGAAAGCAGAUGGAUGAGAUGCAGAAGGCUUUCAACCAAACCAUCAUUAAACUCCAGAACACCUCCAGAAUAGCAGAGGAGCAGGACCAGCGUCAGACUGACUCCAUUCAGGUGCUGCAGGGCCAGCUGGAGAACGUGACUCAGCUGGUUCUCAACCUGUCCGUCAGAGUGAGCCAGCUGCAUAGUGACGUGUCAGACAGGCAGAACUACCUGCUGCUGUCUCUGCUGCUGUGUCUGUGCCUCGGCCUGCUGCUGUGUGCCAACCACUGCCGCUUCUCCGAUGAUCCUCCAACCUCAGACCCAGAGCCCCCCCCAUCCAAGAGCUACACCUUCUGCUGUCCUGAGAGGCAGUUCUCUUCCUGUGAUGAGAAGGGCCUGAAGAGGAGUGCAUCCUAUCCACUCUUACAAUCACUUAUCGCUGAAGGCCCCGACAUGCUGCAGGCCGGGGAGACACAGAGUCUUUGUCCAGCUAACAGAAAGAGGAGACGUCGCAAGAUGAAACCCUUGGAGAAAGUGGAGACUCUGAAACCUUCUUUCCACGCGGCAACAGAACUUUGUAACGGAGCCGUUGUAUGUAACGGUGUCCCUGUCUCUACACACCCUAUACCCUUCACCAAAAGAUUACUUCAACCUAUGUUCAGAGACUCGCCGUCAGAGGGCAGCUCGGAGGGGUCCUCACACUCCGACGACCCCUCCUUCUGUGGCAUCACCACAGCUUGCAACCGAAUCUGUGACGCGCUCCCGCAACCCAGGACGCGGGCGGAGAAGCGGGCGUUAAGACGCAGGCGUCCCAAGCCCAGCUGCGCCGUGGUGGACCUGAUCCAGGUCCCACGCAGGGGCAGGGCCGAUGAGAUGCCCAUCUCUACCAUACACGACCUCAUGAAGAGGCACACGGAGCAACGCUCUGGGACAUAUGGGGUUAAUGUUCCCCUCUCAGGUCCUGUUUGACAGGACUCCACUCCUUCUCACUUACUCUUUCCAAAAGAGGGACGAUGUUUUUUCAGUAGCCACAGGCAGCUUUGAGCUUCCAUACGAGACAAUCCCUUCACUUUGUUUCUUUGUUCAUGUUCGCGUCAGAUGUUUAUAUUUGUUAAACUAGAAAAUCAAAGAAAUGUCUUCCCAGCUUUCCAUUAAAGCUUUUCUCUUUUGUUUGGA